CCUCCAGCUUGUGUGUGGGCUAGACUCGCUGCGGGCUCCAGGCUUGGCCGCCGUACUUGCUUACUAGUCGUGCGCCCCGGGCUUUUGUGGCGGAGCACGGCCUGGGCUUUUUGUGUCCGAGUUCUGCGCUGUCCAGAGGCGCCGCUCCCGGCCAGGGAUCUCUCCUCCGACCUCUCCAGGCGGAGGGCGCAACCCCGGGGACCUAGCAAGCCAGCGCGCCCGCCGGCGGCGACCGUGAAGGGGCCGAGCCCGAGAUGCCGGAGUUCCUGGAGGACCCCUCGGUCCUCACCAAAGACAAGUUGAAGAGCGAGUUGGUCGCCAACAAUGUGACGCUCCCGGCCGGCGAGCAGCGCAAGGACGUGUACGUGCAGCUCUACCUGCAGCACCUCACGGCGCGCAACCGGCCGCCGCCGCCGCCGCUCGCCGCGGGCGCCAACAGCAAAGGGCCGCCCGACUUCUCCAGCGACGAGGAGCGCGAGCCCACCCCGGUGCUCGGCUCCGGGACCUCCUCCGGUCGCGGACGCGCCGCCGUCGGCAGGAAAGCCACAAAGAAAACUGAUAAACCCAGACUAGAAGAUAAAGAUGAUCUAGAUGUGACAGAGCUCUCUAAUGAAGACCUUCUGGAUCAGCUUGUGAAAUAUGGGGUGAAUCCUGGUCCCAUUGUGGGAACAACGAGGAAGCUGUAUGAGAAAAAGCUGUUGAAACUGAGGGAACAGGGAACAGAAUGGAGAUCUUCUACUCCUCUUCCAACAGUUUCUUCUUCAGCAGAAAAUACAAGACAGAAUGGAAGUAACGACUCUGACAGAUACAGUGACAAUGAUGAAGGAAAGAAGAAAGAACACAAGAAAGCGAAGUCCACUAGGGAUUUUGUUCCUUUUUCUGAACUUGCAUCUACUCCCUCUGGUGGAUUUUUUCAGGGUAUUUCUUUUCCUGAAAUCUCCACCCGUCCUCCUUUGGGAAGGACUGAACUGCAGGCAGCUAAGAAAGCAUAUACCUCUAAGGGAGCCCCAGCUAGGGAGCCUCUUACUGACACACCCUUGCCUGGGAAGGGACAGAAACAGAUGUUAGCCCCUGGGCAGAAUGUGUCUGUUCCCUCCAAGUCUAGCUAUGAUAGAUAUGUAGAGAAAAGUUCCUCGGCAUCUUCUCAGCGUGAGCUCGCUGCCAGGUUGUCCUCUGCUGCGGCUUCUCCUUCACUGAUAAGAGAAACCACUACUACUUACUGUAAAGACAUAGUAGAGAAUAUUUACCGUGGAGGGAGAAGCAGAGCUCAGCCCUCUUGUCCUGAGGGAGCAGAUGUCUCAGACCGCUCGGUUCUCUCUAGUGAGAGAGAGGUACUGCAAGAGUCAGAGAGAUCACAAGUCAUUUCUCCACCGCUCGCUCAGGCAAUCAGAGAUUAUGUCAACUCUCUGUUAGUUCAGGGUGGGGUUGGCAGUCUGCCUGGGACUUCUAAUUCUGUGCCCACACUGGAUAUAGAGAACAUAUGUAAGAGACUUAGCCAGUCAGGCCAUCAAGAAUCUGAAUCCCUGUCCCCUCCCCGGAAAGUCGCUAGACUCAGUGAGAAGCCAGUAAAGGAAAGGGACGCAGGCUCGUGUGUGGCGUUUCAGACUAUACCUGGAUCUGAACAUAUGUCUUCUUUUGCCAAAAGUGUUGUCUCUCGUUCUCUGACUACUUUAGGAAUAGAAGUGUCUAAGCAACCACAGCAUGAUAAACUAGAUGCCUCAGAACCAUCUUUUCCUCUCCACGAAUCUAUUUUAAAAGUAAUCGAAGAGGAGUGGCAGCAAAUUGAUAGGCAGCUGCCGUCGUUGGCAUGCAGAUAUCCAGUUUCUUCCAGCGAGGCUGCACGGAUAUUAUCAGUUCCAAAAGUAGAUGAUGAAAUCCUGGGGCUUGUUUCUGAAGCCACCCCACGAGCAGCCGUUCAGGUGUCCUCCACUGAGUCUUGUGAUAAGCAUUUGGACUUAGCCCUCUGUGGAUCUUACGAAGCUGCAGCAUCAGCAUUGCAGAUUGCAGCCCACACGGCCUUCGUAGCUAAGUCUCUGCAAGCUGAUAUAAGCCAAGCUGCACAGAUUAUCAAUUCAGACCCCAGUCGUGCGCACCAAGCACUCGAGAUUCUGAACAGAACCUAUGAUGCAGCCUCGUAUCUCUGUGGUGCUGCCUUUGAUGGAGUGAGGAUGUCUGCCCAUACCAUGGGGGCUUCUACUAUGGGUCGGCGUUACCUGUGGUUGAAGGACUGUAAGAUUAACCCAGCUUCUAAGAAUAAACUGACCGUUGCCCCCUUUAAAGGUGGAACAUUAUUUGGAGGGGAUGUACACAAAGUUAUUAAAAAGCGUGGAAAUAAACAGCAAUAAGAUUAAGAACAAAGACAGAACCUUAUCUUUGAUUUGGAGAAUGUAUAAACCUUUCCAGGAAUUCUAGCAACUUUUUAUGCCAGGAUUUCUUUUGAGGCCUUAUUAGUCCCCUAAUAGAGCCAAUUUCGAGGUGAUAAGCUUGUACUC